UUCUGCAGAUGUUCUCUUGGUCAUAAAUGCAUGAUUCAUCUAGUUUCUGAACCCUAUAAAAGAGAAUCUUCUGUACAGUGAGAGAGAAAACGGUUGUAUUUGUGACAGCGCUGCGUCGUAGAGGACGAUACAAGAACGAUGAGUGAAUCUAAACUUCAGAAGAGCAGUGAUGUGAGAAUCGGACAUUCUCUGAAUUCACAAGAGGAGACGUUUGUAAAGACAAGACUACCAACUGUUCAACAAUGUCUGAAGAAUCUCGGGAUAGCGUGCAGUCCGGAUAAUGUGCCAAAGAUCGCACUGCUGGGUUCUGGAGGAGGAGAACGAGCCAUGCUGGGUUUACUGGGAUCUCUGGAUGGAUUUAAAGAGACCGGUCUUCUGGACUGUGUUCUCUAUCUGUGCGGAGUCUCUGGAUCCACCUGGUGUAUGGCGUCUUUAUAUCAGGACUCAGACUGGUCCACCAAACUGGACUCAGUGAAAGAGAAGAUCAUCCAGAGGCUCAAAGGUCCUGCUGUGAGCUGGAGUGAAAUUCUUUUAAAACUGAUGACAUAUUACAAUGAGAAAGAGCUCUUCAGUUUAACUGAUGUUUGGGCAGCGCUGGUCGUCACUGCAUUUGUGAAAGAGAUAGAUGAAGGCAAACUUUCACAGCAGCAGGGUCACAAUGAUAAAGACCCGUUUCCCAUCUACACAGUGAUCGACAAGCAAUGCAGACAACGUCUCCAUGAAAGAGGUGUCUUUGUUGAGGUCAGCCCAUAUGAAGCCGGUUAUUCUCUCACUGGAGCGUUUGUGGAUACCUCCAUGUUUGGCAGUCAGUUUGAGGAGGGACGUAAGAUUAAAGAUCAGCCUGAAAUUGACAUGCUCUACCUGCAAGGUCUGUGUGGCAGUUGUCUGGCUGAUGGAGAGUUCAUCAUAGAACUCCUUUUAAAAAAGAUUAUAGAGUUCUUUCAUUACGCAGCACAAGAAAAAGUGGAAUGUGGGAAAACAUCAAAAGGGACCGCAUCUGUAGACGUUGGCUUCCAGAUUCUUGUGUCUCUUGUGGAAAUGCAUUUCUCAGUGUUGAAAGAAAAAGACCUUUCUGGUCACCAAACCACCAUCAGAACAAAGCUGAAAGAACUCACUGGAGAUGAAAGUUGGCUUGUGAAAAUGCCAAAUAAGACCGAUGAUAAUUUCAUAAACAUGAAGCAGUUCACCCUGGAAGUGCUGGAGUGUUUGAAGACUUUGUUCAGUUGGUGGAACGAUGUUUUGGACGCCAUUAUGAAGUGUGUGAUGGAAUGGAUCUGGGGCAGAGAAUACAACUUUCUGUACAAGAUGAAAGGAGUGCGCGCCGCUAUUCUGAAGAGUGAGACGAGAGAUUAUGAAGACGCUGGUAUAGCGCUCAACUCGCCGUACAUCUCAGUGCUGAGACAGGAGAGAGGGGUUGACCUCAUCAUUUCUCUGGAUUUCGGAUAUCCUUUUGAGACAGUGACAUACGCUUCUGAAAUAUGUGGGGAUCUAGACAUCCCUUUCCCUGAGGUCGAUGUAUCCAGUGAGGACCCAAAGAAACCAAAAGACUUCUAUGUGUUUGAAGGCAAAGGAGAAGAACCGACCGUGAUACACAUCCCUCUCUUCAACACCGUGAACUGUGGAGCAGAUAAAGUUGAGGAGUGGAGCAAGAAAUAUGCCGUCUUUCAACCUCCCUACAGCGCUGAACUGAUCGAUCCUCUUCUGGGUGUCGCUGCCAUAAACAUCACAAACAACAAAGAGAAACUGGUGCAAGAGAUUCAAAAGAUCAUCAAUAGAAAGCACAGACAGAAAGACAACUGAUGCCAGUCUGAAUAACCAAUUCAAUGCCAAUCUGCACGACAUCAGUCAUUUUAUCAUCAUACCAGCACUUCAUGAAUCACUUUAGAAUGUGAUUUUGUUUUCCAUCAUAAGAUCAGAAUGUUACUCUUCAGCUUUGGCAUGUUAAAACUGUUUCUGCAGGUUCUGUUUUAUUAUAAGCAAUAAUAAAAUGAUGACUAAUAAUCGGGUUAUUUAACUCUGGAUUACCCAUUUAAAAACAUUACUUUGCUUCUUUUGAAAUAAAUGAAUUGUUUCAUAAAAAGCAUUUUUUGUCGUGUUUGCUACAGCAAAGAGCAAAAUUAAUUUUUGAAGUGAUUGUCAUACAU